AGAAGAAGGAGAAAGAAAAGAAACAGAGACGUAAGAAUAGUGGUUAUUUUUGCGAGGUGCGGUGUUGAGUUGUGCUGCCACCAACACCGAGCACCCAUCCCAAAUCCUAAUCCAUAAAUAACCUAAUUUUUUGAAUACUCAUUUUCUCAUUUUGUUAAUUUUUGGCAACCAUGGCGUCCGAUGCCGACAAGAACACCGUGUUCCGAAAGCUCAAAUCAAAGUCCGAAAACAAGAUGUGUUUCGAUUGUAAUGCAAAGAACCCAACUUGGGCCUCCGUCACCUAUGGCAUCUUCCUCUGCAUUGAUUGCUCUGCUGUGCAUCGCAGUCUCGGCGUCCACAUCAGUUUUGUGAGAUCUACAAAUUUAGACUCAUGGAGUCUGGAGCAAUUAAGAAUGAUGAGCUUUGGGGGAAACAGUCGUGCUCAGGUUUUCUUUAAGCAACACGGUUGGACAGAUGGUGGUAAAAUAGAGGCCAAAUAUACCUCUAGAGCUGCAGAAUUAUACAAACAACUUCUUUCAAAGGAAGUAGCUAAAAGUAUGGCUGAGGAGGCAGGUUCACCAUCAUCACCUGUUGCUUUGCAGUCUUCACAAGUUGCUGAGGGACUUCCUAAAAUAAGGACCACCGAAUUACCAAAAGAAAAUACUCAUGGGAAGGCUGAAAUGCCUGAGAGCACUUCUUCACCCAGAACUUCACAUGCAAUGGUUUCCACUACAGUCAAGAAACCUAUUGGUGCUAAAAAAACUGGGAAGACUGGGGGACUUGGUGCCCGGAAGCUUACUAAAAAGCCAAAUGAGUCUCUGUAUGAGCAGAAACCAGAAGAACCACCAGCACCAGUUACUUCCUCAACAAACCACAAUUUUCUUUCAGGGCCAUCAUUAACAUCUCGGUUUGAGUAUGUAGAAAAUGUCCAAUCAUCUGAUCUGAAUUCUGGAGGUGGGGGCGGCACACAUCUGCUUAGUCAUGUGUCUGUACCAAAGUCAUCAAACUUCUUUGAAGACUUCGGAAUGGAUAGUGGUCUUCCAAAGAAAUCUGGGUCAAAUUCCUCAAAAGUGCAAAUUCAGGAGUCUGAUGAAGCUAGAAGGAAGUUCUCAAAUGCUAAAUCUAUUUCUUCAUCCCAAUUUUUUGGAGAUCAAAACAGAGCUGCAGAUGUGGCUGCUCAAGCUACUUUGUCAAAAUUUUCAGGUUCAACUGCCAUCUCUAGUGCGGAUCUUUUUGGUGACUCAACAGAUGACUCUUCCAUUGAUCUUGCUGCUAGCGACCUCCUUAAUCGACUAUCCUUUCAGCCACAAGAUAUCUCUUCUCUUAAGAAUAUUGCCGGAGAGACUGGGAAGAAGCUCAGCUCAUUAGCCUCCACUCUCAUAACUGAUCUUCAAGACCGAAUACUCUAAAAUUGUAAGUUUUGUAUCAAAGGACUUUGCAUCAGUUAAUAGCUACUUAUGCUUCUAAUGUAAUAGAAGAGUGCAAUGUACAAUUCUUUGAGAAACAAAAAUAUUAUACUAUUCAUUUUCAGGCCUGUCGGAAGCUAGUGUUUAUAUUUUGUGUCAUUAUUUUUGAGAUUGCUAAUGUGUUAGAUGUGAUUUGGUUUGUAACGAACUCAGCGAUGUUAUAUUGUAUCCAUUAGAAAAU